AGACCAGAUAAAGGCGGAUCCUCGGCCUUCAGUCGGCAUUGCAGGGUUCCCCGCUCCACCGUGAAGAGACGAGACCGACCGACAGACAAACAGCGGAGUCAUGCUGCUCCUAACUCUACUUUUCGUGUCCUCAGUUGUAGCGACCCCUCUGCUGGGCACUGAGCAGUGUGCUCGUGGCCCCACCUACUGGUGUCAGAAUGUAAAGACGGCUUCUCUGUGCGGCGCUGUGACUCACUGCCAGCAGAAUGUCUGGAACAAGCCCCAGAUGAAAACGGUGCCAUGUGACUUGUGUAAAGAGGUGUUGAUUGUCGUGGAGCAGAUACUGAAGGACAAUGCCACCGAGGCUGAGGUUCUUGGGUACCUGGAGAAGGCCUGCCAGCUCAUCCCUGAUCAAGGGUUGACUGCAGAGUGCAAGGAGAUGGUGGAUGCCUACUACCCCAUCCUCAUGGGAAUCCUUAAAGGAGAACUGGAGGAUCCCAUUGUGGUGUGUGGAGCAAUCGGGCUGUGUCAGUCACAGCAGGCAGCCCUGGCUAAGGCUCAUGCCCAGGAGCAGCUCGUCUCCAAUGAAAUCCCUUUGGUGGACCUCGCCCAGCAAGUGUCCCCCUUCCUCCUUAAUGUGCCCGAGCUCCUCUAUCCUCAGGAGAGUCAAAAGUCUCCCAAACAAGAGAGUCCAAAGCAGGAAAAUGCUGACGUGUGCGUGGACUGUGUCAAGUUCCUGACUGAUGCUCAAGCUGAAGCCAAGGCCAACACCUCAUUUGUCAACUCUCUCAUUGAGAAUUUUGAGAACCAGUGUGACUUUCUUGGACCAAGCUUGGCUGACAUGUGCAAGCAGUAUGUCUCCCAGUAUGGUAGCCUGGUUAUUGACCAGCUCAUGUCCAUGGAACAGGAACCCAAGGACCUCUGCAUUCAUGCUGGCUUCUGUACUGCUACGAAGAAGUCCAUUCCCAUGCUGAAGCUGCUGGCCGCCAAGGCUGUGCCUGCUCUCAAGCUUUUCCCUGCCACUAAGGUUGGGUCUGCUAAGCCCAUGGUGCAAGUCCGCGAGUCCCCAAAGUGUGCCAUCUGUGAGUUUGUGAUGAAACAGUUGGAGUCCAGCUUGGAGGAUCAGAAAACUGAGGAGGAGGUGGUUCAUGCUGUGGAGAAGGUGUGCACAUAUCUGCCCUCCUCGCUGAGUGCCCAGUGUAAGGACCUGAUCGAGACCUAUGGCCAGGCCAUCAUUGAGCUGCUGGUGCAGCAGGCGGACCCAAAGGUCAUCUGCACAGUGUUGGCACUCUGCAAUGAUGGCAGCCGUGCAUUUGUCCCUGCACUCGACCAGACUGUCUUUAAGACUGGUGGUUAUUGCCCUGUAUGCAAGAUGGUUGUUAAUUACAUUGAUCGCAUUCUGGAGAAGAAUGCAACAGAGGAACAGAUUGAGGAGGCUGUGAGGAAAGUAUGCAGCUUCCUGGACGACUCUUUCCAGACCGAGUGUGACCAGAUGAUUCAACAGUAUGAACCAAUGCUUAUCCAGCUGCUCCUCCAGAUGCUCGACCCAGACUUUGUGUGCAUGAAAAUGGGAGCCUGUCCUGAAGCUGUGCGCAGGCUGCUGGGAACAGAGCAGUGCAGUUGGGGACCUGCAUUCUGGUGCAAGAACAUGGAGACAGCGUCUCGAUGCAAUGCUGUGGCUCACUGCAAACGCCAUGUGUGGGCAUAGAAGAAGCGCAAACUGACCUGGAAGGGAAUUAAAAGAAGAAUUACUGUAGUGCUGCUUCCCCCUUUUUAAUUUUGGUCCUUUUUUGUUUGUUUUUAAUAACUGCAGUUUGUUUAAUGAACUUUGAUAUUUUGAAUGAUGUCAUGGUGGAAAGGGACUUGACUUUUGUUUUCUGAGGGGGUGUGGUCUGCAGCGCAGCUUGUUGCUGCUUCACUCAGCAAAAGCGCCACCGUCAGGCCCUCCUGUAUUUGAUUCCUUCUCCCUAGAGUAAGUGAAUGUAAAUGGAAGAAACUGCUCAGUGUUAAGACUGACCGGCAGUCUGAUCCCUAAACAAAAUAGUAUUUUCUAGAGGGGAAAAUGUGUUCCACUAUUACCGAGUGUACCUCCCAUUGUUUGCAAAUCACUGUUUCUAACUUACAGAGAGCAUCUCUAAUGCAAUUGUCUGUCGAUCUGUACAUUCUUAACAAUUAAAGUGAUCCCAAUCCA